UGCCAACACGAGACGCAAGCAGUUGGAAAAGUCGUGUUUUCCGUUUAGCCCACUUCCGGUGGGUCGGAGAAAAUCACUUGCGCCAUCGAUCCAUAACUGAAUAAUCCGAUGGCCCCGUAUGAGUUGACAUCAGACUUUCUUCUGUUCCGCUGCAGGAGUGUGUUCUUAUGACAACUAGCAAGUCUCGUUGAAGUCGGAUUUAGCCAGACGUACCUGGAACCAAGCAGGGCGGAUAUGGCUCCUGCCUUGACGAUGAAUCAACUGUGUAAAGUGUGUAGUGAACCGGCAGCAGGCUAUCAUUUUGGUGCCUUCACAUGUGAAGGUUGCAAGUCUUUUUUUGGACGAACCUACAACAACUUGACGGCAUUGGGAGAUUGUAAAAACAACAACCAGUGCGUCAUCAACAAGAAGAACCGCACGUCCUGCAAGAGCUGUCGUCUCAAAAAAUGCCUCAGGGUUGGCAUGUCGAAGAGCGGGUCUCGAUAUGGUCGUCGUUCCAACUGGUUUAAAAUUCAUUGCUUAAUCCAAGAUCAAACAGAAAUGAAUGGAAGGAUCACUGACCAAGUGUCUUUGUCUAAUGGACGAUCACAAUAUGAAAGCAAGAAUUUUGCUUCAGUCUUUAAGUCAGAAUACAGAGAAGACAAUACUUCGGGUACGUCACCCAAAGGAAUAACGCCAUCUUGUGAAGUAACGCAUCUAGUGAAGUCUUCCGUGCCUUACAGUGUGUACGAUACCAAAUUGUUAAACAGCAACUUUGGACAUUUCGAGAAAUCAAAUAAUACGUAUGAUCGCAAAGAAAAUAUAGGUUACCAUAGUCUUCCAUUGUCCCCUGUGUCUCCUAUGUCUCCGCUAUAUCCACACAAUUUUGUAUUUCAUCAGGGCAACGGAGGGAUCGUCACCAAAAGCUGUAACAGAGUAACAAAACUUUAUAAUAGGGACACUAAGUACAACUAUUCACCGCAAUACCUUGCUUUCAACAAAAGUGACCCAUUGCUGAAGUCGCCACAAGGGGGCAUGCCAGUUGUCAUGGACUAUCAAGCAGACACACCCGAACAAGAAACGCCAAUCGAUCUAUCUACAAAGAAAUCUUCUCCAAUAUUCACAAGCCAUGACCUUUGUUUAACCAACGACCGAAGGUCAUCUCAUGCUGCAGAAAAUGCAUCAUUGACGAAUGCUACAGAAUCACCUUUAGAUUUAACAAGAAAGGUUUUUUGAUUACCGAAAUAUUUUUCUGCCAGAAAUGAUCAUACUUAUUAUUAUUUUGUUUGUAUUAUAUGACUUGAGUAUAUAGGGAUUAUUUGAAAGUUUCAUCAGAAGCGGCUUUAAAUGGUUGGGAAGAUUCUUUAUGCUCUUGUGGCAGAACAAUGGAUACAUUUAAGCUGGUCGCGGACCUAGUUUUGAAACCACUUAUUGAAAUUAUGAAGUCGACGUUAGUAUUUUUAUGAGUUGUAGAUUGUCACAGUCCAUCAUUACGGGUUAGACUGGACUUGGAAAUAGAUCAAAAGAGACGAAAAUACUGUGACUUGAUUGGAUGUGGUUGGUUAAAUUACUUGAAGGCCAGUGUUAAUUUCAUAUUGUAAAUCAUUCAUUACUUGUUAUUAAUUUUUCAUAAAAUAAUAAUGUAUCGUUAACGGUGUGAUACAAAUUAGGAUGCUAAAAAGUGAAGCCUUAUAAUACGUUAAUUGACAUUAAAAUGUCGAAAUCAUUGAAACAAAAUGACGCUUUGUUGAUUUCUCCAUGUGUAAUUGUGUAACAUAAGCCUAAUAUUAGAUUUUUUUGUAUAAACUUUAGUAAUUUCUGUAAUAAACAGUCAGUUGUAUUCGAUCAUGGGACUAACUCGAAAUUUACAAUUCCGGAAACUGUCAUUUUCUGCUGUUUGUUCUUGACAAAAUAUCAUAGUUUGUUUCAGUUGAAAUUUAAGGUAUUAGUUGUAAGACUUAUAACGUGAAAUCAUUCACUUUAAUGUACAAUGGUAAACAUCUGUUAGGAUAUAUGUUUGAAAGUCGUAUUGUAGCAUCAGCUAGGACCUCAAGGCGUUGUGAGCUAUUAAAUCAACUUGUAUAGAACUGUAUUAUUGGCUGUGACGUUAGAUGUAUAUCUUUAAAUGCUCAUACGUUUCUAAUUAUAUAGAGAGUUUAGCUGAUGAAUUAAUAGUCUAUCGCUGUUUUGGACCCCAAGUGGAGGAUAUUACCAAUUUUAGUAUGAUUCAAAAGAUGCUGUGAUGCUACGAAAUUUAGUAGGACGUUACCAUUGCGUGAUACAUCACGUUGUGUACGAAUUUGUUGCACAUUGUUGGAAGCUGUAUGAUGUUUCACACUGUGUAGUAAUUUGUUGCACAUUGUUAGACGUUACCAUUGCAUGAUAUGUCACGUUGUGUACUAAUUUGUUGUACACUAAUUGUCAUCAAGUGCGUCAUUAGAACUGACCAUGUUUUUAUUCCUAAUCAAGAUUAGGACUUGGCGUUCUUUUUAACCUAAGUCGAUCAUUACAGGGUGCUUUUUUCUAUUUCAUCUCUUAGUAUUUAUUAAAAAAAUAAAGCAUUACGUCACGCCUUCGUUUAGAUAUCGUGAACGUGUACUUUAUAAUUCCAAAGUUGCAACCAUUAUGCAUUAUUCUUUGUUGAUUUGAAAAUGAAAAUGUUUUAUAUAUAUACAAGA